AUGGAGGAAGAUCGGGAGGAUCCAGCCGACCUACUGGAGGCGAGCAUCCCGACACGAUGGGAAGUAUUCGUCGAUGGAGCAUCAAACAAAUAUGGAUCAGGCCUUGGGAUAGUCUUCACCAUACCCAAAGGAAUGAAGAUAAUCCACUCAUUUCGAUUGGAGUUCAAAGCAACGAACAAUGCUACAGAGUACGAGGUGGUGAUCCAUGCUCUAAGGAUAAUCGUCGAAAUGAGACUACAUGAUGUGAGACUGACCAGCGACUCGCAGCUGGCGAUCCGAAAAAUUACCGGCAAAUAUGCUAUCCAUGACCCGAUUUUACAAAAGUACUGGGAACUCUCCCAAUUCUACAUCGACCAGAUCCCCAACACCAAAUUCCGUCACAUAUGCAGAAAAGACAACCGACAUUCCAACAUUUUGUCAUACAUAACGUCUCAGUUAACGGAUCCUAGUGUGGAAGGCAUCCGAGUCGUGAGGCUCCUUACACCUUCAAUUCCAGAGGUACCAGAAAUACGCAUCGACGUGGAAGUCAACACGACCGAUAGGUAUCAGGAAGGAUAUUGGAGAAAGCCGAUCUAUUUGUACUUAGAAACAGGCAAGCUACCCAGAGGGCGACCAGAGAUCAACAAAGUCAAGAGUAAAUCGGUUGCGUAUGAGCUGAGGGACGGAAUCCUAUACAGAAAGUCUUACUUAGGACCAUUACUAAGAUGUUUGAGUAAGGAUGAAGGCCAAUCAAUCUUGAAUGAACUACACUAUGGAGCAGUUGGAAACCAUAGCUCGGGCCGGAGUCUGUCGGCUAGGGCAAAAACGAUGGGAUAUAUCUGGUCGUAUAUGAAUGAUGACGCAAAACGGAUGGCACAAGCUUGCGAGGAGUGCCAGCGGUAUGGCAAGAAGAUACAUGCACCAUCUGUAACCUUGAACUCAGUAGUAAGCCCAUGGCCUUUCGCCAAGUGGGGAAUCGACAUUGUGGGACCACUGCAUGUGGGAUCGGGGCAAAGAAAGUACUUAAUCGUGGCUACGGACUACUUUACUAAAUGGGUAGAUGCAGCACCUUUGAAACAUAUCCGAGAUAAAGACGUCUUCAGAUUCAUUUGGGAACACAUCAUAUGUCGUUUUGGAGUACCGACAGCUAUUGUCUCGGACAAUGGAAAACAACUUCAAGAAGAAAACAUUGAUUUUUUGUUCAACACCUACAACAUUAGGAAAAGUAAGGCCACCCCUAUAUAUCCUCAGAGCCGAAAUUACAAACAAAACAAUCGCCGACAAUUUGAAGAAAAAAUUGGAUGUGGAGUACGGUGA